AUGUUUCUGCUGGUGUUGGCUUCUUGAAUGGACCCAGAGUGGUUUUAAUUAGUUUUAAAAUAGAAAAAACGUUUGGCAACUUACAAAAAUGAUUUUGAAACGUUUGUUGAAUGGCGUACGUCUUAAUAAAGAACCCCAGACUUUGAAAGUGUGCAAACGAUUGUUCGGUCAGCCUGUUUAUGACACCCAUCCCCACGUCAUGAGGAAAGAUCAUGUGACUCCGGGAAUAUCUAAAAGUGAAUACAAACAGCGUAGAAGUCAUUUAUGGAAUAACAUUUGUAAAGUUAGCCACAAAAAUUCAGCGCUAGCUGUCAUCAGUGCCUACCCAAAAAGUUACAUGGCUCAUGAUGUGCCCUAUCCUUUCAGACAGAAUUCAGAUUUUUUGUAUCUUUGUGGAUUUCAAGAACCAGAUAGCAUCUUGGUCAUGAGCAAUCUGUUCAAUUCAAAUGAGCAUAAUAAAGAAGAUUUCAAAACCAUCAUCUUUGUGCCAAAACGAGAUAAGUUGAAAGAACUUUGGGAUGGUCCAAGGACAGGGUCAGAGAGGGCAGCAGAAGUGACUGGCUGUGAUGAAUCAUUUGACGUCGACUACUUUGACAAAUUUCUUCAAAAAAUAUUACAAUCUGAUCAAACAUUUGAUCUUUGGUACGAUAACUCGAGUCCCUCGCACAGAUCACACCACUCAAAGCUAUCAAACACGUUACUGAAAAGCUGUAAAGUGAAAAACGUUCAACCAACAAAAACAUCUGUACAGAAUUUAAGGUUAAUAAAAUCAGAAGCUGAAAUUGAUCUGAUGAAAAUUGCUUGUGACAUCGGCUCAAAGAGCUUAGAAAAAGUAAUGAGGUACUCAAAACCAAAGAUAGACGAAUCACAUCUCUAUGCAAAAAUGGACUUUGAAUGUCGAAUCCACGGAGCUGAGAGACUGGCCUAUCCGCCAGUUGUGGCAGGCGGAAGUAGAGCAAACAUCAUUCACUACAUCAACAACAAUCAGCUGGUUGACAAUGGAGACAUGGUCCUGAUGGAUGCCGGCUGCGAAUAUUUUGGAUACUGCAGUGAUAUCACCAGGACCUGGCCAGUCAACGGAGUGUAUAGCACAACUCAAAAAUCUCUGUACGAAGCCUUAUUAGAAGUGCAAAUGUCCUGCAUAUCACUGUGCCACGCAAACUACUUGACACUGAAUCAAAUAUUUCUGGUCAUGCUGACUCUACUGGGCAGGCAGCUUCAAAAAUUGGGAAUAAUUUCAGCCAGUAUUAGUGAAGAUAAACUGAGUGAGAUUUCUAGAACUUUCUGUCCCCACCACGUCAGCCACUAUCUCGGCAUGGAUGUGCAUGAUGUUGAUGAGAUGAGUCGAAACAUCCAGUUGAGACCUGGAAUGAUAGUCACCAUAGAACCAGGUAUCUACAUACCUAGCGACAGACUGGACGUACCAAAAGAUUGGAGGGGGGUCGGCAUUAGAAUUGAAGACGACAUCCUCAUAACUAAAAGUGGACCACUGAAUUUAACGGAAAAAUGUCCGAAAUAUCUGAGUCAUAUUGAAAAUAUUAUUAACACAUACUGAAUUUUCACUCAAACUGUUUGAAGCUGAAUUUUUGACUGGCUGAUAAAAACGAUUGAUUGAUUGAAUGAUCGGUUUUUAGUCAUCCACAUCUAUCCAUAUACAUGCUGUCAAUUAAUUGAUCACCAAACAUAUGUAAUAAUACUGUAAUUAAUUAACCUAGAGGACCAACCUACGAACCAUCUUGUCUGCUCUUAUUGAUGUAACAACAUCUUGUAUACAAGCCGUGCUAUUACGAUUACACUGCAAUUAAUUAAUUAAUUACAACUACAUUGUAAUUAAUUAAUUUACAUUGUGCAACAAUCAUUACAAUUAUUCCUUUCAUGAUUAUGGAUUCCGUUACAAUUGAUUUUAUAGUGUAUAACUUUGUGUGUAUUUACUUUUAAAAUAAAUUUCAACAUCAUGUUUUAUAAUAAGAACUUGACAUUUAUAUUAAUGGCGACAUUAAAUUAGUAAAUUAGCGAUAACACGGCAAUAACACUAAUAAAUAAGAUGAAUAAAAUUUAUUUUAUCGUCGUUAUCACUAAUUGGUAAUAAUAAUUUAAUUUAAUAAUAUUAUUCGCUUAAUUACUAUUUAAAUGUCAACUAAGUACACGAAAUUGAAGUGAUCGAUGCCUAAGAUUUUCACCUCUCCAAAAAGUGAAAAAAAAAUAUUUC